UUGAACUGACGGCUUUCAUCUUUUUUCUGCAAAUCUACUAGUUUUAGGGUUUUGUUUCUUCUCAAUCUGCAGAGAUGGGUAAAGGAACAGGGAGUUUCGGUAAGAGGAGGAACAAAACACACACACUGUGUGUGAGGUGUGGCCGGCGCAGCUUUCAUUUGCAGAAGAGCCGCUGCUCUGCUUGUGCGUAUCCUGCUGCUCGCGUCCGAAAAUACAACUGGAGUGUGAAAGCAAUCAGAAGGAAGACAACCGGAACCGGCCGUAUGCGUUACCUUCGUAACGUUCCUCGCAGGUUCAAGAGUAACUUCAGGGAAGGCACCCAAGCAACCCCAAGGAGCAAAGGAGCAGUUGCCAGCGCUUAAAAAAUGAAGUACAAUUUUGUCUGUUUUUUGUAUUGAUACUAUUUUAUAUGGUUUCCAGAAAACCAAUCUUUGGAUUUUUUUUGUUAUUUCUGAGCACUAGAAUGCUUCAUGCUUUAUUUUUCAAUGUGAGAACUGUCACUUUUUAUUA